AUGCAUUGGGUGACGCUUCUAUUUGAACUCGAUCGCCCAGACUAUCCGACGAAAGAGAGCGUCGAGGCUGAAGGAGCACAUUGGCAGCCACCCAAGUCGAGCUUGGGCAGCGUUUUCCUUCCAGUUUCGUUUGUGCUUGGCAUCCUCACCUUUUUUAGCGCGUGUCUAGCGUCAUGCGCUGUCGCGGACCGGGCAAAGUUUGAGGCUCCACUGGGGGCAAACUGGGCCUUCUACUUCACCGCGAUUCUCUCCACAGGCUUCACAGCGACAAGUGUCGUUUUGUCGGUCCAUGCUUGGAUCGCGCGAGAGCACGUGCGAGCAAGCUUCUCCUGUUCUUCGACUGGGUCCUCUUCGGCGGCUUCUCAGAUCUGUACUGAGCUCGCAGAUUGGCGAGACGCCACUGAGAACAAGCUCUUGUUUCUUUUCCUUGCCUCGAGUAUUGCCGCGUUGGUUACAGGACUGCUGACGCUGCUUUUAGCAGGCAUUAUCGGCAUGGCAGUUUGUUUCCCACCUCCAGAGUACCCGGACUUUCCUGCGAAGGGCGGACGUCUCACACGGGAUGUCUUGCAGAUGUCACCCUACACAGUGAAAGCAGUUCAGGAAGUGGGUCCACAUUACUCCACUUCCACAAUUGGCCCGCUGACUUCAGACUCGGAUAUUUUUCAGAGCGAGAAUGGCAGACGGCUAGCAGUACCUGCUGCUUUGCAGGGUCGAGGGAGGCAUUACAAAAUGUAG